AUGAUCGUCAUGUAUUUUAUCUAUAUUGCUUUUGUCCGCGUUAAAAUAUUGAAGGCUGGCUUUGAGUAUUUUGAGUUUGUCGGUCCUUUAAAGUUCAUUUUCGCCUGCGAGCUUUCGUUUAGUACUCCUUGUUUUGAAAACGGAUUUCAAGUUAAGUAAUCGGAAAUAACUCUAUAAUCUUUUGAAGCCCUCCAGCCGUUCAAAAACCAUUUCACUGCCGAAAAAGUAAACGCUUUAAAGUGACCACCAGAAAGAUAAAUGUGGCCCGCGCGGCGAUCUGAAGUGUUUAACGCCGUUCUGACAAAAUUUUCUCGUUUAUUAUUAGAAUUGUGCGCCCAAUUGGCGAGAGGGGUGGAUUUCGUUUCAGGGAAGCCAGUAAAGUGUUCUAGGGAAGCCAUUUGUGUGUAGAAGCCAUUUGUGUGGCUUGGUGAAAGUAACGUGAUGUAUGGAUAAUUACAGUUGUGUGUAGGAGUAGCAUCGAGUACAUUGUGCAAUUCUUUGUAAUCACUUGGUGCGAAAUAUUUAUUGGCGGCUUACUGGUCAUGCUAUUCGCGGGCUCAAGUGCUAGCUGAUACCCCUUGACAGGUGCGAGUUAAAUCCUUAUACAACGGACUAAUUGGACCAAAAGUGCGAACGCUCUGAUUUACUGAUAGGCUUUUACUGCACAACGACGUCUGUCUCUACUCUCGCAGAAAUUUCGAGCCUCUUGGAAAUAUUCCCAUUGAACAUGACGAGUUUUUUCCCUGGCUUGGGUUGUGGGGAGCGCGUUGAAUUAUGAGACUUGGAACAUGUCGGCCAAGAAUCAAGCUGUCGUGAAUUGCCAGAAUUCCGCCAACAACAAACCACUGUUGGAUCACAAGUUUCAUAACAUAACCCCGAUCCCUAAAGUUCCAAUCCGUGGUUCCUGUCAGCGCGGGAAUGGCAUGAACCCCGAUGGUGCGCAAGCGACGUGUAUUCGAGUCAAAAACCCCUGGAUGUUACGGAUUGCCGGGGUUUUUACUCUGAUUGUGAUCAUAGUAGUUUUUGCGGCGCUUCAUAGUAAACUCAACACGUCUCUGAGAAAAACGGAGGUCGAGUAUCAAAGACUGCAAGGUUUAGUCGCGGCCUUAAAGACUAAAGUCUCGCAGUUAGAAUUAAGUGUUCGCUGUGCAGAUGGUGACGUCAGCGGAGCGUGUGCUUCGAAAACGAGGCGAAAGGAUAACCAAGGUGACAAAAGAAGACGCCCUACCACAGGGACCCCGACGAAAAACCCUAAUAGCCCGCCAAAGAGAAGGAAAUCGAGUAGAAGGAAGACGGUGUUUGUUCGAUGGGGCAAACCGCACUGUAACGUAUACAACAGAGCACAGACGACAAUCAUAUACACCGGUCGUGUGGCAUCGCCUCAUCACACCGAGAGCGGUGGAGGUGCAAACUACAUGUGUCUACCAGACAAGGCCUUCUACACUAACCCUGCCAAUAUAAGCAGGGUGGACCGAGCAUUUUUGUACCCUGUCAAAUACGGACCUGUCCAGAAAGCGUACCAAAAGUACCCGGAUCACAUUCUGGCGAUAAUGAGUCCAGAAGAACGCAAAAAGCACAGCGAACCCCUCGAUAAUAAGGACGUACCAUGUGCGAUGUGUCAGAUAGACGGCGCGACAUCCAGCAUCAUGAUUCCCGCGCAUAAUAUCUGUCCACCAAUGUGGAAGAAGCAGUACCACGGCUACCUUCUAUCGCAGAAGCACAACGCAGAGAAAACCGAGUACAUCUGUGUUGAUAUCGAGGCCGAGGGCGUGGCCAGUUCCCAGGACCAUCCUGGAGCCUCCUAUCUGCACUUGUCCGAAUUCAAGUGUACAUCCGGGUCAUGUUUCGGCAGUUACAGAACCAAUGAGGCCUUGACUUGCGUCGUCUGCGCUACGUGACAGCGGUUGUAACUAUUCGCGCAAGCGGAGUAGAGCAGGAUAACCUCCCAGAGUCGGACAUCUGGCCUGAUGGACCCACAUUGGUUUGUUAGUGAUUUUACCAGCGUUGGGUCAUUUCGAGCAAUGUUAGACACAACGGGUUACAAUGACCCAUUAAGGAGGGAGUAAAACAGGUCCCAGAACGAAGCCGAUAUUGCUUGGCUAAGGGAGAUAUGUGAGCAGUAUUAUAACCAUUUGGUAAUUUGCCAAAGGAAACAAUACGGUUAGACAUAUGCCUAGCAGGGCCGGUGUCUAUAAACCUUAUAGCAACGGUGUCGAAUAUUCAUUCCAAGCACCCGCGGGCAAACAAUAGCGCGUACAUAGACUUUAAAGGUUGGUUUUCACUAGGACGCAAGAGCAAGGGCAAGCGUGAAACAAGUGAGAAUCUGUCAAACACAAGCGCAACACAAGUGAGAAUCAUUCAAACACAAGCGCAACACAAGUGAGAAUCAUUCAAACACAAGUGGGAAUCAUUCAAACACAAGCGCAACACAAGUGAGAAUCAUUCAAACACAAGCGCAACACAAGUGAGAAUCAUUCAAACACAAGUGGGAAUCAUUCAAACACAAGCGCAACACAAGUGAGAAUCAUUCAAACACAAGCGCAACACAAGUGAGAAUCAUUCAAACACAAGUGGGAAUCAUUCAAACACAAGCGCAACACAAGUGAGAAUCAUUCAAACACAAGCGCAACACAAGUGAGAAUCAUUCAAACACAAGUGGGAAUCAUUCAAACACAAGCGCAAAACGCUUAGCA